AUGGCUUUUGCAGGACUAGAGGCAAGCGAGGACUUGUGCGGGAGAAAACUUCAACAAUAUGGAUGGAAAGAGUCUUCUGAUUCCAGCAUGUGGGUCUCUGGGGACAUUGCUGAUGGUCAUAUACGUCGGCGCAGGUCUUAUUCUCCAAGGAGUAUGAGGGAAGGUUCGGGGGGUAGCAAAGCUGACUGUAGUGAUUGGCAGGUAAGACGAGGGGCUGAGCAGGGGGGAUAUGCUGAGAAUACGGUGCCAUCCUCCUUCAAGUCCAAAUCCGGGGAUUCUACUCUAGCUAGGAGAAUUCGUGUAGUAAGGGAGGCAGAAGAACAGAGUAGGCAGAUACGAGAGGUGGCAUGGGAGGCUGGAAUUUUGGGGCCACAUGGUAUCAUUGAGGCAUCACCCACGAACUCUGAUGAGCCUCAUCUACCUCAUGGUGGUGCAGUUCAAACUUCUGUCGAAAGUGGGAUCGUUAUUGAUUUGAAUGCAAUCACCGUGAUAGAGGAAGGGACCACAAUGCAAAGAACAAUCCAGGAGCCCUUAGGCAACCAGGCUACUGUAGAAGGGAAUUUGGGUUUUCAAUCUAAGGCGCUGACAUACGGGUCUGAUCCUUUUAAUCUGGGCCCACUUAUAUUUGGGCAACCUGAUAAUUCUAAGACAGGUGGUGUAGGCUUUCGGAGCAAGAGGGGAAGAGAAGAAGAGAAGAACGGUAGAAUGGAUAAACGGGGGUGUGCUGGUAAUCGAUUGGCGUCAGAUUGUUGUGGGACAUGUAGUAUGGGGUCUAGAAAGAUGAUAACUUUUAACGAUACUCUAAUUCAAGAAGCAAAGACCGACCUCAGGUCUCCACGAGCGUCAUGA